GUAGAAGCAAAGAUUGUCGGUUUACAGUACUGUAAUUUGUACACCUCAGCAGCUCCUCGGUCACAGAUUAAGCAUCUUCAAAUUUUCCGGUGCAACAAUGACAGACCCUCACAGUAAGAAAGAGGAAGAUUCCAACGUCAGUAUACCAUGUUUGGCGUCCUUUUGUGCUCGACUGCUCAUAGCCCGGUGCAGCCUUCUGUUUCUGGUUACGAUGAAAGCCAGAACAACGACGGUGGAUUCCGUCCCACAAUUAAGAAAUACUCCACCGUAAGCAGUGAUCAAUUUUCGGAAAUUUUCUUCAGCUGAUUUUAGAGCUGCAGGGUAACAAAUUUCGUGUUGCAGAUUCAGUCUACAUCUCCGCAACAAAUGGACGUGCUCUACAAGGCCCGUACCGUAUUGCUACGAUUGAAGCGGGCAGGACUUAUACGUUGAGCCUAGCGGAUGGGACUAUGAUUGACAAUGGUAGAGCUUUUGCUGAGAGAUUUGGAGUUUUCUUAAGAUUACUCUAUCCAGGCUCAAUGAUUUUGAAGACAUAGGGAUGAGACGAGCGAUAAGACCUCCAUUACUCGAGUAUCGAGUUUUUCAUAAUAUUUGCGACCGAACUCCCUGUGAAAUAGAAUUGAUGACUUUCUUCUGAAACA